AAAAAAUGAUAAAAUUAUUCAUAUCAAAACCCUGUUUUUGCAUUUGCAAAAACCCUCACGCAUCCAUGUCAAACGUAGAAUGAGAAAUUCCAACUCUGUGAUUUGGUGAACCAAAGAAACAAUGUUUAGUGUUAGAAAUCUUCAGAGACAUUGCUCCUUCAAACCCUUUUCUUCAUUCUUUCAACUUCAACCAAAUCUCUUCAGUGUUGUUGUGCCUUUAGGACAAGGAAUAGAGCAAAGAAACAUCGAUGAUGAUAAAGUUAGUUUUUAUUGUUAUGUUAAACCGAUGAAUCUUUUGAAUGGAUCGUUAUAUCGGACAAUGUCAACGUCGAGAGGAAGGAGUAUGCGAAGCAAGGUAGAAAGAAGAAUGCAAAAAGAGUCUGGUAAGACAUUAAGGGAGAUUCGAAGAGCUAAAAAGUUGAAGAAGAAACUUAUGACCGAGGAGGAGCGGCUCGUUUACAAUCUCAAAAGAGCGAAGAAGAAAAUUGCAUUGCUGCUACAAAAACUCAAGAAAUAUGACUUGCCAGAGCUGCCUCCUCCACGGCAUGAUCCAGAGCUCUUUACUCCCGAACAGCUCCAGGCGUAUAAAAAAAUUGGAUUCAAGAAUAAGAAUUAUGUUCCUGUUGGUGUUCGUGGAGUCUUUGGAGGAGUUGUACAAAAUAUGCAUCUCCAUUGGAAGUUUCAUGAAACUGUCCAAGUUUGUUGUGACAACUUCCCCAAGGAAAAGAUAAAAGAAAUGGCUUCAAUGCUUGCAAGAUUGAGUGGCGGGAUUGUGCUUAACGUUCAUAAUGUGAAAACAAUCAUUAUGUUCCGUGGUAGAAAUUAUCGGCAACCCAAAAACUUGAUACCAAUUAAUACCCUUACAAAGAGGAAGGCUCUAUUCAAGGCUAGAUUUGAGCAAGCUCUUGAAUCUCAGAAGCUAAAUAUCAAGAAAAUUGAACAAGAGCUCCGACGAAUGGGAGUAAAUCCUGAGGAUCCAACUGCAAUGGCCAGCAUCCAAAGAGUUGCUUCCACAUUCUUCAAUGCCAUUGACAAGAAAGAAGGAAGCCCUUAUGUCUUCCGUGGGGAUAAGCCGUCGGUUAUAGAACCUAACGAAGGUUUGGAAGAAUCGGAUCCUUCUGCUGAUAGUGAUCAGGAGGAGCUGGAUCGUUUCAUUGCUGAUAUAGAGGAUGCUGCGGAUAAAGAAUAUGAAGAAGAAGAGGCCAAAGAAAAAGAAGAGUUUGGCAGACUUAGAUAUUGGAAUAGAGAAGAGUAUGGUGGAAGAUUCAGAAGACCAGAUGAUUCUAGAAAUGACAACUUUGAUGGGGAGGUUAGAGGUUCAAGGGCUCGACAGCCAAUACAUCCCAAGUAUCGGACAAACGAUAGCGACGAUGAAGAAAAUGCUCAUUUUGACAAUGAUGACGAGGAGGAUGAUGAUGAUGAUGAGUGGCAUUCCGGUAGUAUUGUAGAUGAUAUUGAUAUUGAAAACAAUUCUGAUGGAUCCGAUGAAGCUAGAGGCAGGUUCAAGGAAAGUAGGGGGAGAGGAGAAAGGAAAAAUAGUGUCGGUAUUGGCAAGGCUCAAGUUAAUGGCGGUCCGAGCAGACACAGCGAAGCUAAAUUUAUGAGGAAUAUAGCCAUACAAGGUUCUGAAUCAGAAGGUAUGCUUAGUGAAGUUGAAAAUGCAAUGUGGGAGUCCGACGAAGAGGAGAACGACUCAGUACAUUUGAAACGAGCCAGUAGUGUUAACUACAAGAGCAGCAGCAGCGACGAUGAUGAACAUAAUGAUCAAUUAAAGAGCAACAAAAAGAAUGGUGUGAGGGAUCAUAAUAAUUUUAACGCACCAAAGAGUGUGAGAGGUAGGCAAGAAGGAAUUGACAGAACUAAAUCCGAGUCCACGGAUGUCUUCAGCGGUUCGGAAGACUGGACGUGGAAAUCAGAUGGUGAGGAGGACUCCCCCACAAGCCUAAAUAAUAGUAAUGUGGUCAAAAGUGAUAUCCAUAAGAAGAGAUCGCCAAAGGAUGCAGACGAGGCUUGGGACAGUGAUUAGCCCAAGUAAAUGCAAGAUCAUAAUCCGUUGUAGUUUUAGACUUUGUUUGACAAGAAGACAUCUCGAACAGAUAUAAAAUUUGUGUUUUUUCUGAAUGCGUGCAUCUGAAAUUGCUUAGGGGUGUGGAAAAAGUUCCGCUCGAAGAAAUGAUUGGUUGGUCCAACCAAAGUCAUCAAUGUAUGAAGCCUAUAAUGUAGCCUGUUUAUGAAGCUUUUUCGUGGAGUUUUCUGUUCCUGUUAUUCUUUCGUCAGAGUAAUGUUACUUGCUCAGCCCCUCAAGAUUCUGUUGUGCUACUAGUUGUAAUGUACUUGACAUAUUAUAGGUGAAGAAGUUCUAGCAUUGUGCUUGGACUUUCUGCUAAAGAUAAUUGUUUUUUAUAGUGAAGAAGUUGUGGAAUUUGUUACUAGUAAAGUACAUGACAUGUUUUAUGAAAUAAAUGCUUGCUGCAUCAA